AUUCUUGUAUUCUGUAAAUGAGUCAUGUAUCAUUGACUUCCUGUAUAAGAAGAAAUACUCUGUCGUUUGUUUGUGAAUGACGUUAUUUUUAUGGCUGGUUACUGUGCAUUACGAACAAUGUGUAGGCAGUUUUGCAUUUAUGGCAUGCCAGAAUGGAAGAAAUAAGCGAUUUUGAAGAUUGGGAAUACAGAGCAGAAGGAAAUCUUCAUAUUAUUGUUGCAAAUAAGAGAACAAAGCAAGUUUUGAGAUUGUUGAAAUGCCACAAAGAUCAAACAAUUUAUGGAGAUGUAUCAGGAUUUGAUAUUGAAAAUGAAAUAUGCUUUAUUCGAAAUGUCGCAAUACCGCUGAUGAGAAAUUGUAAAGCUUGCUUUCAUGUUGAACGAGCUCCUCUAAGUCGAGACUUCUUGAAAAAUAUUUCAAAGAGGGUGGAACCACAUCGACCAACAUCAAGAUUGAAUAAAAUCAUAGAUCAACGUUGCAAGUAUGGGAUGUUAAUGCCUGACUUCUGUAGAGUUUUGCCGAAUCCCACUUCUCACAAUGAUGUUAAUAUUAGUAUUGAGAUUAAACCAAAGCAAGGUUUCAUUCUGAUAGGUCAAAAUAGAUGUAAUUACAGUCAGUUCCAAAGAAAUAAGGUUUUGAGCAAGUUUUAUGAAAAGGAAAGCACAUACUGCCCUCUAGAUUUGUUUUCUGGAUGCAAGAAAAGAAUGAAAAAAGCUAUUAAAGCACUUAUUCAUCAUCCUCAAAAUAAUCUUCGGAUUUUCAAAAAUGGACACAUGAUUUAUUCUCAAGAAAUAGUGGACAAAAAAAACUGCGAUAAUCAUGAUUUGUUUAAAGCAACUGUUCUCGGGAACUUUGUCUCACAUAGCGACAGCACACGUGGAACAGCAGAAAGAUUAAAACGGGCUGCACAAAACUUGCAUGAUCUUAUUUGCAACCUCCUUCUCCAUCCAAUAUGUGAGCAAAAAUCAGAUAGAGGACAUGUAGCUCAAUAUUGCGAUGCUGGUUUUUCAAAUGAGGAAGCAAAAAAGUUGAAAUCGCCGUUACGUAAGCAAACCCUUCCAACAAAUAGCAUAUUGGGUCUACUUCUAUCAUUACAGAAACUGGAAAGUCGUUCAAUAAAUGAAUACUAUGAUAUGUAUAUGUCUAUUAAAAACCAAUUGGCGAUGUUUCCACAUGAUGCUCAGAGGCUUUCCAUAGAAGGUCCAUAUGACUCAGAACAUUGGAAGAAAUUAGUUUUUCAAAUUACUAAAGGUGACACAAAAUCGACAGCUGAAUCGGAUUUGAAGAAAUUAAAUGAUCUCGAUAUAAAAGCAUCUUUGCUGAGAAAAUUUUUGAUUGCGACCAGCUUUAAAGACUGUUCAAUCAUAUUGACAUUUCAAAAGAAAUUACAUGAUUGUGAUCAUAUUUCCGCAAAGGAUUCACCCAUUAGUAUAACAACUCGACAUGGACAACAGUAUUGGUGUUCGUUGGCGCUGGUCGACAGCGAUCCCAAACUUUCGAACAGGAUUCCACAGUAUUAUCAAGAUGCUUGUAAGCAAGCAGCAUAAGAAGUCAGAAUAUCAUUGAAAAUAUCAUUUUCUGCAUGUCAUUCUUGGGAGCUCAAUCCAUAUCAUUUUCUGCAUGUCAUUCUUGGAAACUAUUGUGCAUGUGAUGAAUUCUGCUAUCCAUGUCUUCUUAGUUUAUUUAUUCAGUAUUUCUUGGUCCUUGGGACAUUUUUUGAUACUCCCUUAGUGUGUGUACCAGGUUCGGGUUGUGCCAUAAUUUUAUUUCGAUUUUCCUUAUUUUAGUUCUAUUACAAGUUUGGGGACUGUCUGUGUUAGCCAAGUGAAUAUACCCCCUGCCCUUUUUUCAGUCCCUUUACACUCGAUGUAAAAUAGGUGAACAAAAAUAGUUACCUCCAUAUUGGUACACACACUUCUGGAGCGCUCUUUUUUUUGCUUUAGCUGAAACUCCAAGAUUGGAGUUUUAAGUCUUAAUGGCAAUGGGUAGAGGGAUAUUCUAUUUAAAGCCAUUGUCUUCUAUGUAUGAAUGGACAAAUCUUUUAAUGUCUCCCUUUUAAUAUAUAAUGUGAUAAGAUGACUUUUCAACCUUAUCAUAUUUGUACAUAGAUUUAUCACACGCUCUGAAGAUCCUGUCAGGGUUUAUAUGGUGUUUGCAAUGUAAUUUAAAUGCGUACUAUUAGGUUAUUGCUCUGCUUUGUUAUUUAUCUUAUUAAUGCAGAAUUCAGGCUUUAUUGAUGCAAUUAUUUGUAUGCAGUUGUACUCGUUUUCUUAGUCUACCUUGCAGUGUCUAGUUUUUAUUUUAGGAGACUUCAAUAUUGCUGCCACAACACAAUAUAUGUGCAAUGUGUUGUACAUAAAACACUAUUGCUAUAAUUAUUUUUAUUAUGUUCUUUAGAUAUUUGUAUCACAAUGCAGGAAAUCUGUCUAUGAAACUGUGUUAUCAAAAGCAAGUGAUGCCUCGUAUUUGUCAGUGUUCACUGUAACAAGGACACCAAGUACUCUUCCCAUCACCUAGCUUUGUAUACUGCAAGCUUGAAUGCAUCAUAAUAACAAUAUUUUGUUGCUGUAGGUUUCAAACAUUUGUUUUGGUGGCCCAAUAGCUCAUAAAUAAAACUUUCGGAAUCUGCACUGAUUUUUUUCAAUGUAUUCGAAGUUGACUUCAACUUAAAUUCUAAAUUGGGUUCAGCUUGUUAUGCCGUAAAUUGAGACGAUCGUUUUGUUGAUUGAUUUUCAAUUUUUGUCUUGUAUAGAACUGAGGAGCUGGUUUCCAACUCUGUCGCUCUAUGUUAGAAAUUAUGUGAAAAAAUAACUCGAUGGUUAGGAGCCGGAGACACUUUUCGAAUAUUCAAUCAAUUUGUUGUAUACAUCACUGGGGCCCUUGAUUAAGUUAAAACAUUAAGUUGUGUUGUGUAUUAUUCUUCUUUAAUACUAUAAUAACUGUGGUGGUAUUCACCGUGGCACAUGUUAUACUUUUUAUUGUGUAACAACUAAAGACAUACACAAAUUUAAAUAAUGCUGCUUACUCUACAUCCAUAUGGCAUGAGAUAUUUUACUGAUGAACUUGAAUCGCAAUUUCAUCUGCAUGUGAAAUAGUAUGUUUAACGCAAUUUUCGUUUUGGGGUAAUGUCACAGUUGCAUGUCACUGUGCAAUGUAUUUUUAUUUUUCAUUCAUUAUGCGAGGAGAUUACUGCCAUCAGGAAUGUGGUGUAUUUUGUGCAAUUUUGCAUUACCUUGCCAUUUCAUUUAUACACAUUUAUGUUAUUAUAUAUAAAUUGCAUUAUAUACGGUUCCAUGCGA